ACGGUGUCCUUACGCUGAUCAUGAUCAUUGUCAGUUGCAAGCAUCCAUGGCAUACAUAAUGGCGCUAUGUAUGUAGCAUGGGCCCCGGCUGUUCCUCAAUGGGACCGUGUCGGUUCUUUCCUUUCCUUUCCUUUCCAAAGUAAAUCUGCCGACGAUAAAUAUGCUCCGUAAACUCCGCGACGAUCGCUCGGAGACAUAAAUAUUGCCGGCGGCGAAGAUGCCUUUUGCCUUUUGUGAAUCUUGUCCGUACUCUGUCUGUAUUCUAAAGAAGUCUAAAGAGCAAAUGGCUAAGCAAAGCACACCGCUUCAGAAAGGUUCAGCGUGUACAAAUUGCAGACGACGAAAGAUCAAAUGUGAUGGGGAGAGACCAAGAUGCGGGCCUUGUUUGAAUUCGUCAUCAGCUUUCAGCGACUGCGAGUACAACGACAAUAAUGGUAUCACGCAUGUUCAAGUUCUUGAGGACCAGAUAUCUGUACUUGAAGCUCGGCUGAAAGACCUUGAGAGCGGAGGAGCUACACAGGGUAUGCGAAAAACGAAGCAGGUGGACUCUAUCCUGAUGCCAAAGGCUAAGCUUCUCAAAAAUGGGAGCAAUGAACCUUUACCAGAAUCUGGUUUCGAGGACUUGCCUCCCAUCAUUCGACGAAUUUUAGUACAUAAUUUCAUUAUGAAUUGCUGCUGGGUGGGCUUUUUCUUGCAUCGGGACCGAUUUAUUAAUACGGUAUUGCACUUCAAAGGCGAAGCUCCCACCUUCGCACUCUUGAAUACCACCUAUGUGUGGGGAAAUCAUCUUUCGUCUUCCCAGAACUCCCUGGAACAGGAAGCCACACUUGUUUCGCGUGCGCUUCAAAGUUCAGCACAUUCCCUAUCCGAAUCUCACCCUCAAAAAGUGACCCAGUUCAUUCAGGCCGAAGUUCUUCUCGGAAACUAUUUUUACCUCGCAGGUAAGACUGUAGAGGGAAAAUACCAUGUGACGGCUGCUGCUUCUCUUGUACUAAGUGCUGGCUUGCACAAACUUCGUAGUUCUGACGUUGGGAACUUCGGAUACCUUGCUCAACCUUUGGAUACACUAGCCCCACCUAGAGACCCCAUAGAAGAAGGAGAGCUUAUAAAUGCGUUUUGGACCGUACUGACUUUGGACAGUUUCUGGAAUACUGUUCAUGGCACUCCUUCUAGCAUCCCAUAUACUUCACCUUCUGUAAGAAUAGAUACACCGUGGCCGCUUAUCAUGGAGGAAUAUGCCGAGAAUCCCCUUGACCACAACUUCAGGAACAGUCAUACGAUCGACAAUUUUUUGGGUGGCAUGCCUGAUAAUGCUGACUCCCCAAGGGCCGCGUUCUCCAAGGCCGCGAUCUUGUUUGAACGCGCUACGUUUACAGGACGCCAGCUCAAAAAUGAUCCUAACUCCCCCAAAUCUCAAAAGGACUUUAGUGUGCUCGACACGUUAAUUCCUAGAUUUAUUGGGAGUCUUUUGCCUAUAGACCGCGUCAAUGUCCCUCCCCUUAAUUAUCAAUUGAUUAUCAAUACUCUCGCCAGUGCUGCUGAUAUUCAGCUACACCUCCCUUUUGCCUCAGAUAAGAUUUCUUCGCGCGUGAGGAUUCUCAAUGCGGCGAAGGCUAUCCUGGACCUCAUUGACACAUGGGGACAUUUGCCAGAAAUGGAGUUUCUCGACCCCAUGAUAGCUAUCAUUUGGACGCUCACUGCUCAAGUCUUCAUUGAUGAAAGCGUACGCCUACAAUAUGAAGACCCCUUUACCAACUUGCCAUUCACGCGGCCGCAAGUCCUUGCGUUCUCCAAGCGUGUAAUGAAUGUCAUGGAUUCCCAUCCCUUUCCCUUGAUGAUUCUUCAAGUCGCUCAGGUAAGGCGAGCGUUAGAAAAAGCCACGGCUGGAUCCGGACUCUAAUUAAUAAAAUACCGUACCAAGGAGUUUGUUUUGAAAAGUACAUACAGUCAUUCAUUGCAACAUCUUAAUGAGAAAAAGCUUUUACAUCUUAUUGUACAAUCUAGACCACGA